CGGCUGCGCCCGGUCCGGCGGCGGCCGCCAAGAUGGCGGAGUACGUGCGCGUGCUGAGGCGGGCGCUGCAGCAGCUCGGGGGUCACGGCGGCCUCCGCGGCGCCUUCUGGCAGCUGGUCAGGGUCAACGAUUUGAAGAUCGGUGCUCUAGUAGGUGUUGACAAAUAUGGAAACAAAUACUAUGAAGACAAAAAGAAUUUUUUUGGUCGACAUAGAUGGGUUGAAUAUACUACUGAAAUGAACGGCAAAAAUACAUUCUGGGAAGUGGAUGGAAGCAUGGUGCCACCAGAAUGGCAUCGUUGGCUUCACUGCAUGACUGAACACCCUCCAACUACUCAUCCACCAGCUGCUCGUAAAUUCAUUUGGGAGAACCACAAAUUCAAUCUGAGUGGCACUCCUGAGCAGUAUGUCCCUUACUCUACAACACGUAAAAAGAUACAGGAGUGGAUCCCACCUACAACCGCUAACAAAUAAUUGAAAAGCCUGACUUGCCUAAAACUGGCUUCUCAAUGUAAACUGUACCUUCAUUGUUUGGUUGGUUUAAAAUAAAAGCCUCUGACAAAAGUAAAA